CACCAACCACCACCAACUAUGGAGGCCUUUCGCCUGCAAAAGAAAUAUCCUGAUGUCUCUCGCGAGGAGAUGUUCGACUUAAUAAAUCGCUUCAACGCGAUUCACACUGAUUCUCCCGGACGUGUCGAUAAGGCUGUAGUCCUACAGACACUACAAGCCAGUGGAGAGUCGUAUGAUCUUGCGCGAGAAACACUCAAGAAAGUCAGUGUUGAUGCAAGUGGGAAGGUUGAGUUGGAGGAUUGGGUCGAGCUCAAUGUCAAGAUGCGUUCCGAGCGGGCAGCACUCGUUACCAAGGCAGGCAAGGUGACAGUACAAGGCUCGAAUGCGAACGUGAGCCACACCAUCAACGAGGACGAGAGAACGGAAUUCACCAACCACAUCAAUAGCGUCAUCGAGAACGACGCCGAUGUCAGUUCGCGGUUUCCCAUUCCAACUUCAACAAUGCAGAUAUUCGAGGAGUGCAAGGACGGCCUCAUCUUGUGUAAACUCAUCAACGACUCAGUCCCAGAUACCAUUGACACCCGUGUCCUCAACAAGCCCACAUCGAAACGCCCACUGAAUGCUUUCCAAAUCACCGAAAACAACAACAUCGUCAUCACUUCAGCCAAGGGUAUCGGCUGCUCUGUCGUUAAUAUCGGCUCGACGGACCUUGCCGAGGGCCGUGAGCAUCUUAUUCUGGGCCUUAUAUGGCAAAUUAUUAGACGCGGACUUCUUGCACAAGUUGAUAUCAAGCUACACCCAGAACUUUAUCGUCUUUGCGAACCCGGCGAGACGAUCGAUGACCUACUCCGUCUUACUGCCGACCAAAUCCUUUUACGGUGGUUCAACUAUCACCUAAAAGCGGCCGGAUGGAAUCGUCGGGUCAAUAACUUCAGCCGCGACGUUAUGGACGGCGAAAAUUACACCGUUCUUCUCAAUCAGCUCAAACCUGACCAAUGCUCUCGCGCUCCAUUGCAGACCCGCGACCUUCGACAGAGGGCAGAACAAGUCCUUCAGAACGCAGCUGCCAUUGGAUGUCGUCGUUUCCUCACGGUCUCAUCUCUUGUUGCCGGGAACCCACGUCUGAAUCUCGCAUUCGUUGCUAAUCUUUUCAACACACAUCCUGGUUUGGAGCCCCUCGAUGAGCAGGAGGCAAAAGACUAUGGUGCGAUCGAAGAUUUCGAUGCAGAGGGUGAAAGAGAAGCACGUGUGUUUACCCUAUGGCUCAAUUCGCUUGGUGUUGAGCCAGGUGUCUUCAACUUAUUCGAGAACCUCAAAGACGGUCUUAUCAUACUGCAAGCAUUCGACAAGAUUUUACCAGGCAGUGUUGUAUGGCGGCGCGUCUCCAAGCCCAAGGGCGGCGUUUCCGCGGAACCCGUCUCGUAUGCAAGCGGUGGAGCAGGCGGAGAUGACGACGAAGGCGCUGACAUUGGUGUCACACCAAACCAGAGCCAGCUCUCGCGCUUCAAGGCUGUUGAAAAUACUAACUAUUGUGUUGACCUGGCCAAGCAGAAUGGGAUGCACAUGGUGGGAAUCCAAGGCGCCGAUAUCACGGAUGGGACAAAGACACUUGUGCUGGGUCUUGUAUGGCAACUAAUGCGAAUGAACAUCGUCAAGACCCUUACCCAACUGUCGAAAUCAAAUCGCCCAAUUUCGGAUACGGAGAUGCUCAAGUGGGCCAACACCAAGGCCAACUCGUCACGUCCCAUUCGCUCAUUCAAGGACCCUUCCAUCACGACUGGCUUGUUCUUCCUGGACCUGUUGGAAGCUAUACGACCCGGAAUCGUCGACCCCGCACUUAUACUCGACGUUAGUGCCAAUGGUGAUUACGAGGACAGGAGACAGAACGCCAAGUUGGCGAUUUCAAUUGCCCGGAAGAUGAACGCACUCAUUUUCUUGGUUCCUGAAGACAUUGUGGACGUUCGACCACGGCUGAUCCUCACAUUCGUCGGAAGCUUGAUGAGCAUUGCGCAACAGUAA